AAAACAGGGGGAGGUCAUAUAUAGAGGGAGGAGGAGCUAGCGAGGUCAAAUCAUCCCGAGCCUCGCCAACAUGAAGAUACUCACGACUCUUCUGCUGGUGACCUCUCCCUUCCUCGCCCUCGCCGCCUCCUCCUCCUCCUCCUCCUCCGUCAGCAGAGAUGGGGGGCAUGGAGGGGCCGCGCACCCCCACCCCCCGCAGCCCCAGGGAGGUGGCAGCCCCCCCUCGUCGAGUUAUGAAGGUCCACCGCCCCCCUAUGACCUGUACGACCCCCAGCCUCCGCCAGCCCCUCAAGUCUCGGGCCCUCAGUUCCAGUAUCACAGUUUCCAGCCUAACUAUCUUGAGCCCGUGUGGCAGCCUCAGGAGACGGGCGGCCUGAGCACCUGGCUGGACAAGGGCCUGGGAGUGCUCGGGGAUGUGCUGCCCGUGGCCCUGUCCGUGGUGUGCAUCCUGGCCCUUCUCACCUUCCUCGGCCUUGUCAAGAUUCCCUUCAUCACGAACAUCAGCGAGGCCAGGGCGCAGAUCGGACGAGCCUUGGCCAGUGUCGAUGUGGACCAGCUGGCCAACACAGUAAACGUGGCCAUUGACAAAUACCACGAAAUGUUUGGUGGCCCUGAGAAUGACCUGUACUAGAGAGAGAGAGAGAGAGAGAGAGAGAGAGAGAGAGAGAGAGAGAGAGAGAGAGAGAGAGAGAGAGAGUGAGAGAGUGAGAGUUCAUGUAAUCGUUUCGUCACAGCUUCCAAGAUCUCAUUAAUUUUAGUUACUUAAUACUUAUGAUUUUAUUUGUAUUUAUUUGUAUUUAUUAUGUUCUUCCUGCGCUGUUUUUUUUCUCUUUAUUCCUUUAUUUCUUUUUAUUUCUUCCUUUAUAUAUAUCUUUACUACCCUGAGGACCAUUGAGUGUUAAGUAAGAUGGUGUUUUCUUUACUUAUAAAUGGUGUUGUGAAUUUAUACUUAAGUAGGUGACUAUGUACUUUUUUCUAUUAGUAAGGCGAUCAUGUACUUUAUAUCUAUCAUUAGGUAUUUAUUAUUUUGUUAUUAUGUAUGAUUUUUUU